AUCAUAUCUUAACAGGGCUCAUCACUACUUGCGAAUGUGAAUAAGACAGUUUAAGCUCUAAUGUGUACACCGCAUGUGAAGCGAAAAAUGGAGACAACAAGUUUGAUUCGGAAUUUGUAUUUUGAUCACAUAACAUUAAGCUAAAUUUUAAACGAUAUAGUGUUGAAAUAAAGUAUAAAUAGUCACGCUUUUUGCAGAUAGAGAAUAAGACUUAGUGUAUUUGAGGCGGUUUGUGUGUAACAUUAAUUUUCUAUAUGGAUAUUACUUUCUAAGGUAUAGUUAAUCAGACAAAGAAACUUCAAACAUGAGUAUCUUAAUUUGGCUGUUAGCAAUUAUUGUGAGCGAAAGGGGACUUCAGGGUACCCAUGUUCAUAUUGCAAGCAACACUAUCCUUAUGGAAGACAUGUAUAAGAAACUUAAGUUGAAUCAUAUGUUUAUGGCGGAAAAUGGAACGUCACUUUAUGUGACGGGCAAAAAUUACAUUUAUCACCUAGAUACAAGGAAAGAUUUGCAUAACCAGACUGAAAUUAAUAAAGUGAAAACUGGACCAAAUGUUGAGGCGAACGGCGAGUAUGAAAUCGACGAUGUUACCAACAUUGUGAUACCGAAUGGUACAGACUAUUUAAUAACAUGCGGAAGCAGUUACAGCUUCUGUCAUAAACGAUUUCUUAAAAACAUCUCUGACUGGACCGAAGGAUUUAAACCCGCCAUCAACAGCAGUGCAGCAGUGGCAUUUGUUGCUGAUUUUGAUAGUAAAGAGUACUUGUUCGUUGGUUGCCCGCAUGGAAGCAAUCAAACAAAUACUGUCUGUGAAAAAUUCGGGAUAUCUUGGUUUGCGAACUUUGGUGGAGCAAAAGAAGGUCCAUUGUUUAAGACUGCCGAUAACUUACUGCUGAUAACAGAAAAAUAUAUAAAGGGAUUCUCUAUUGACCACCACCGACUUUAUUUCAGCAUACAACGGAAUAAGACGGAUAACUCUGCUGUCAGCAGAGUUGCAAAUGUUUGUCAGACAAAAUCUAAAAUCGCAACCAAAAAUUAUGUGUAUGUGGAUAUGGAACUGAAAUGUGGGGACUUCAAUUACAUGCAAACUGUGGCAAAGACGUGCUUUGAAGGAGAAUGUAUAUUUGUUGCUACAUUUACCCAAGGAGAACACUCGGCCGUUUGUGCAUACCUAUUCUCCGAUAUCAAAUCGAGAUUGGCAGUCAAUGUAAAACGAUGUUACGAUAAAACUCUUCAACUGCCUUCCCAAAUAUAUGACUACUUCAAUUAUCCGAAUAAUAGGCCAUGUACUAGAAACACUAUGAAUCAAACCGGAAUGAACAGCACCGACGAAAAUUUAUUAUGUGACGAAUACGAUAUUUAUAAAGACGUGAUAGGCGAUAAAGCCCUGCAGAUGGAUGCCAGUGUAAGGCUGAAACACACGGUCGUUACUGCCAUCACCUUGGUGUCCGUCCGCGGACGUGUGCUAGCUCUACUAGGGACAGCCGAUGGAGAGAUUAUUAAGGCCCUGGUGUAUCCGCGGGAAGAGGCUGAGGUCUUGUCUUGGAGAGCUCUUGUAGACAGCCGUCAUGCAGUUCUGCCGGACAUGUUUGUGUACGGAUACACAUUGUUUGCAUUCUCGGAAAAUAUGGUAAAAAAGAUAGAAUUGGCGAACUGUUCCGAUUUUUCAACUUGUGACAAAUGCAUAGCAAGCAAGGACGUUUUCUGUGGAUGGUGUAUGUUGGAUAAUAGAUGCACGACCACACCACAGUGUUCAAAUUCAGAUUGGAUAUUUGCUGUAGGCUCAGCGGGUAUCUGUCCACACAUAAACCAAACGAGUCCGAAAGUGAUAAGAACUGAUGAAUCGUCAGAGUUGACACUCACCUUGUCCCAUAACCUGAGUACUGGACUAGAGUUGAGAUGCCAGUUUGAAAGCUUGGUCGACAACAAGACUAUAUUGAUGAACAGCAGUGUUCCGGGUGUAGAAAGAGGCGACGAGGUAACAGUUAAGUGUCGAUCGCCAGACUGGACGGAACUAGAACAUCACAUCGAAGGUACGGCCAGUGUGUCUGUCCUGCUCUUCACAAACGUUUCCCCUGUGGCUGUAAUGAGAGGGGAGUUAACUGUGUUUGAAUGCGAAACGUUUACAAGAUGUCUCAAGUGCAGUUUUAGUCAGUGGACAUGCAAAUGGUGUCCUUUGGAUGGACGUUGCGUGAAGAAAAACAAUUCAUGCAAUGAAACUGAGAGCUCAGAAGAGAUCGAUGAAGAAAACGGAUGUCCACAUGUUACAAAUUACACCGUUUCUGAUCCAAAUGUGCUGGAUGGUUCCGGUGACGCGCACUUAGCAAUUGAGGAAAGCUACAAUGUUACUGUCAAGGGCGAGAACUUUAUUGAGCCUCAUGAUGCUGCAAAUUACCAGUGCUCUGUGAAAAACUCAGACCUACCUGACGGAGAAAAACUUUUUCCGGCAACAAGAAUGAAUAAGUUUGAGAUUAUGUGUCACAUUCAUAAGGGAGGCAUACAAAGGAAUCUUGACUCGCUUACAAGUCUUCAUGUUGACCUUCAGUCAAGACAGCUUGACGGACGAUCGUUUAAAGUUGUGUUUUAUCAAUGUGGUUCUCGAAUCUCCCCCUCAAACAACUGUGGACAAUGUGAAAGUUUUAAAUACUACCAGCCAUAUUUAAAAUGCAAAUGGUGUAAUGGGCUGUGUAUCUACGGGGGAAAGCCUUGUACAACAGCAGAAACCAUGUGCCCUGACCCAGUUAUCACAAAGGUAUAUCCUCUUUCUGCCCAUAUCAAUGCUGUCACUCCCAUAACUGUCGAGGGUUUUAACCUGGGUUCCCUACAAAAACAAAACGCUGUUAGUGUCGGGAACAUCUCCUGUGUUACCAGUCACACUGCUGCCGAUAUGGUAAACAUAUCAACAAGAAUAACAUGUGAGCUUGGACCAAGUCAUAGAGUAACAAUGGAAAAUGUGACAGUGAAUAUAGCAGGCCACAAUCCGGUUGUGUAUGAAAAAUACAGUUUCAACUUUCAGAUUCCGAGAAUCACAAGUAUUUUCCCGAGAUACGGACCUUUGUCUGGUGGUACAAAUGUUACGAUAUACGGCGAAUAUUUAGACACAGGUUGGGAGAGGAAGAUAAAGAUUGGAGAGCAUCUAGUUAUAGUGCCUAUGUCUAUGAAGCCAACCAUGGCCGAAUGUAGGACAGUAAAAUUCAAUUCAACCACCAAGACGAAUGCUUCAGUUUCCAUGGUUUUCGAUAAUCAGAUCGUUGAAGGAGUCAACUUCACGUACGUUACUGACCCUGUAGUUUGGAAUAUUCAACCAAGAAACAGUUUUGAAAGCGGAGGACGAGUUUUAACUGUGACUGGUCUUAACCUGUUGUCCGUGCAAACACCGUGGCUCAGUGCCCAUAACAGUGACGGAAUAACUACAGUUAAAAUACCUUGCAUUUGCGGAAGAUCGCAUGACCCACAUAACAGUGAGUUUAAUGGAAGUUUGACAUGCAAAAGUCCAAGGUUUACUUUCCGAGGGUCCAGACAGCGGACAAAACGGUCACUUGAAGCUUUGGGAAACAUGGAGAUAAGCUUUGUCAUGGACGAUGUGGACUCAGUCAGGAAUUUGCCGUCCAACAUUUCUGUCCUCCUAUACUAUCCUGACCCUACGCUUUACAACUUCACCGAGACUCUGCGCAACACACAAGUCAUCAUUAUAAAAGGUGAAAAUUUGGACGUGGCAGCAACCGCCGAAGACGUACAGGUGUUAAUUGACUGUGAGAAAUGCAAUGUUACAACUCUAGAGAACAACCGGGUGUACUGUACCCCUCCAACAAGUGCGCCCAAAUGUAACGAUACCAGACACACGUUGUUUCCUAUUAAGGUGCGCAUUGGAUUUCUAACACGAGUGGUUGGCCAGAUGGAGUAUGAACAUUCUGAGCCAUUGGAACCUAACGCUUACACGAACAUUCGACUAAUUGCUGGCGUUGUAGGUGGAGUAGUGCUUCUAGGCUUGGUGUCUUUGGCUGUUGCAUGCUUAACUAUUAGGAUGAAGCUGCGAGAUCGAAUAAUGCAGGAAAGGAAGGGUUAUGAGUAUAAGCUGGAUAAAAUGGAGGGUCGCUAUAGAAACCAGUGCCGAGAAGAGUUCGCUGCUCUACAAACAGCCAUGGUCGAUCUUACAAGUGAGCUUGAAGGUGGAAACGUCCUGUUCCGAGAUUUUGAUGACUAUGCUUGUAAAACUCUGUUGUCUGCGGAAAAAUCACUUGGUUUGAUGUCACCCCCUCCUAUAAUUACGAGUAGCAUCGAGAAGGAGAUGGAGCAGUUCAAGAGUUUGUUGAAGAGUCGCCAAUUCCUUCUGACUUUUGUUCGAGCCCUGGAGAAGCAGAAUAGUUUUACCAUCCAUGACAGGUCUGACGUUGCAUCAUAUUUGAUGGUCAUCAACCAUGACAAUAUGGAAUUCAUCACGAGCAUUUUGACGGACCUACUUGAUGCUCUCAUUGACAAAAAUGUAGCAGCCAACACUCCUAAACUGCUUUUGCGAAGGUCCGAGUCUAUAGCUGAAAAGUUGUUGACUCACUGGCUGUCAAUCUGCCUCUACCAUUAUCUAAAGGAGCAUACCGGGUCGGUACUGUUCAUCCUCUAUCAGGCUAUCAAGAUACAAGUGGAGAAGGGCCCAGUGGACUACAUCACAUCAUGUGCAAAAUACACGCUAUCUGAGGACAAACUCUUUACUGAAACUCACCAACCAAAGUCACUGACGCUGGAAGUUGAUCAUUUCCAAUAUAUAGAAAACCAGCAGAAGACCAUUGAUGUGGUAGUUCUCGACUGUGACACAAUCACCCAGGCCAAGGGCAAGAUGUUAGAGAUUCUGUACAAAAACGCCGGAUACUCGCAACGGCCUUCGGUUCAUGCAACCCGUUUAGAAUUUGAAGAGAGUGGCGGUACCAGAAGAACUCUUCUUGACGAGGAUGCUUCCAGUGUGAAAGACGGCCUUUGGAAGAAAAUCAACACUCUCCAACAUUAUAACGUCCCGGAUGGGGCGAAAAUGUACUGGAUUAACAGAGAAGAUCUGACGAUGUCUGUAAAUAUAAAGACAGCGGCGUCCCCAGAAUCGUUCAUUAUCGGGAGCAUAAGAAAGUCAAAACCAAUUGUUCGCACAGUUAGCGGUUCAAACUUUUGGCAUUUGAUGAAACAGCACAACGAAGACGAGGAGGUGAAACUGGCCAGCGAUUUCUUCCUACCACGGCUCCUCAACACAAAGGGUACUCUUCAAGAAUACAUAGAUGAAUUCUAUUCCCAAAUCCUGCAUGUCCCGAAUGAUCCGCCCAUUAUCAUUAAGUUCCUGUUUGAUAUGCUGGACAGCGCGGCCAACAGGUGCAACAUCACAGAUCCAGAUGUCAUUCACACUUGGAAAUGUAACAGCCUGAUGUUGCGUUUCUGGGUGAACAUCAUCAAAAACCCCGAGUUCGUGUUCGACAUUCACAAGCCAGUAAUUGUCGACUCCUGCCUCUCCGUGAUUGCCCAGACUCUCAUGGAUAGUUGCUCUACCACCGAGUCAAAGCUGGGCCCGUAAGAAGGGUUCAACCGACAUCGAAAUGAAAUGCACAAUUUUAACAUCGUUUAAAAAGAGCUUAACAACAUAGAAUAAGUACUAUACCAAAAUUAAAAAGUGUAGUCACCACUCACUUCUCGUUGUAAAACUAAAUAUCCAUUUUACCUACAAAAUCAAACACGCACUUCUCUCUUUAACUUUCACAAUAUAAUUGUAAUUUUACGUUACUUUCACGGAUUACGUUUAUUGCUGAUGCUCGUUUUUACGUAGUUUUGUAAGCAUUUAUAAACACUUUUGUAGCAUAUUGGAUCCUAUUUUACUCCAGAACAUUUUAUAAUACAUUUUCACUUUUUUCGUAAGGGCUCUCCGUCAAACAAGCUGCUGUUUGCCAAAGAAAUUCCUCGCUACAGGAAGAUGGUGAAGGAAUACUUUGCGGAGAUGAAGUCUCGUCCAGCGGUCAGUGACCAGGAUCUCAAUUCGUAUCUCACUCAGAAAAUAUCUCAGAAAUAUUCAGGAAAGAUUUACCAAUCCACUGCUCUUAUUGAGAUGUUCAAAUUUGCCAAGAGAUACCGACAAAAGAUAAGCGACGAAAUGGACAACGAAGAAGCAGAACAUCCGGGCACUUUUUCCUCCUUGUCCUGCAAGCUGCAGUGUAUCUUCAUGGCCAUGGAUCAGUUCCAGAAGUAGAUAGUGGACAAGUUAUUGCCCAUGCUACUCAUCGGCAUUGGAGUUUAUCUGAUACAAUUGAGGAUAAGAUGCCAAUGACCAUAGUUAACAGUGACUCUAUUUAGUUCUAAAUUUAACCAUUGCCAUUUCGAACUAUAACCAUUGUCAUUAUUAUGCUAUUAUAAGUAUGUAUUAAUAUAAGAACUAACUGUUAUUUUCCUCAUGCAAUUUGAAUAUAAUAUUGAUAACGAAUAUUUCUUUUCAAAUAGUUUAUUCGUGUUUGUCGAAUUAUAUUGACUACUCAUUAUAUUAUGUUAAUGUCAUUCCAAUCGUGAAGGUAUCAUACUUUGGAUGGAGUUAUUGAAUGCAUCCAAAACGUCACCCUUCUAAAAUUAAACAUCAUUAACUGAUCGACAACCAUUCUCGUCGUUGGAAGUGUACCUCAUUAAGAUAUAAAUCUUCAUCAGCAUAAACGAAGAUAAAACGACUGACACUAGAAAAUGACAAUGGCUACAUUAUGAUAUGCUACAUCAGUACACACUCAUGUGAGAAAUGUACUAGUGUGUUUAUUGUUUUGUUCUUAAAUUGCUUGUAUAACCAUUCACUGCUUACAUUUUUUGGGGGGAAAAUCAAAACUUAAUGGCCUAGUUUAAGCCUUCUAUAAGUGCCCCACCCCAAAAAAAACAAACAAACGUGUAUUUAUACACAACCUCUGUUAAUUAAUCUUAAUCUAAUUGCCUAAUUGUCUUAUCAGAUCUCUGAUCUGAAUAUCCUGCUGUGCAGUUUGGGAUGUUUUAUGAUAGAAAUGGACACUAAAUGGCCAUGAGCUAAUAAACGAAUACACAGGAAAAUGGCCCUACUGUGACACCAGUGCAAUUAGCGGGAGAUGCACAGCAGGGGAUUAUCAUGCCAAACAUUCCUUAAACUAGGCCUUUUAGGGCUGUCCGCAGCGCUAAGUUCGAAAAAAGAUUUUAUCGGAUUUCAAUCAAAUAGCUGUUGCCUUUUCUGGAAAUGUCUUUUUACAAAAUGAAUAUGUUUUUUGUGUCAAAAAAGUCAGUAUUCAGUAUUACCUAAUCAACACUGUUUUUUGGCUAUGUGGUGAUUGCAUCUAUUUUAAGAAAUAUAUUUGCAUUUGUAUUACCAGGAACUGAGUCUAACCAACUAUUUUCCAAUAUUUUAUUGAACAUCUUUCUCAUUUAAAAAUAUAUCAUCAUAACCCAACAAGACUUAAUAAAAAACCUUUUUAAGCGUUUUGAUUGUUGGCCUUCCCCAUCCACCGUUGCACUGGGCACCCCCUUAAGAAAUUUGAUCUCGUCAAUGAAGCAUUUUCUAAAGUCUCUUAAACAACUCGGAAGAGAUUCGUAUGUUUGUGGAAACAUACUUCUAGCAAUAAACUUCAAAAAGUCAAUUAUUUGAAAAUUAACCGAUAUAAGAGGUAGACAAUUAAUAAUGUAGAUUGUGAUAGCCUAAUUAAUGGCUUAUCUUGUCCCUGAAGUUAUUAUUGUAUUAUUGUUCUUUGUUGAUAAAGAUAGUUUGAUGGUUGGUCUGUUUGUGGUGUUUUUUACGUUUUUUGUCUCUCUUUAAGUGUCUUUUGGGCCCUUACCUUGUGUCUCUUAAUGCAUUGUGUUCCGAAUAUUUACUACUGGGUUUGUCCCUGUAGGUUUUAUUGUAUUGUAUCAUUGAGCCUUUUGUAUCCUUCUUGAUUUGUUCUUAUGGUUUCCAUGCAUUACUGUGUAUAUAUUUUCAUUUUAAUAUCUUCUUAGAUUUCCUUAAUGUGGAGGUGAUCAUGAUAUCUAUGAAGUAAAUGAAGCUUAAUUUUCAAAUGAACUGAUGAAGGGUUCCAUAUUUUGUACAGGAUGCAAUAUGUAUGCAAUUUAAAUAAAAUCAUAACCAUC